AGAAAGGCGGGGGGGAAGAGAGCGGAUGACGCAGAGCGCUUAUAUCAGCGCCUGCGCAGUCACGCGGCAGUCCAGACGGGGCAAGAUGGCGGCGAUGCGGGGGUUGCGGGGGUUGGUGAACGGCGCCGUCUCGGAGCUGAGCGGCGGAGGCGCCAUGCGGGAACAGGCGGCCGCCGUCAGCCGCGAUUACCUCUCCCAGCCCCGCCUCACAUAUAAAACAGUAUCUGGAGUUAAUGGACCGCUCGUAAUCUUGGAUCAAGUGAAGUUUCCCAGGUAUGCAGAGAUUGUGCAUUUGACACUGCCCGAUGGAACAAAGAGAAGUGGACAAAUCCUAGAAGUCAGUGGAUCCAAAGCUGUAAUUCAGGUGUUUGAAGGAACUUCGGGAAUCGAUGCUAAGAGAACAUCUUGUGAAUUCACCGGGGACAUCCUUCGAAGCCCUGUGUCCGAAGAUAUGCUUGGACGUGUGUUUAAUGGCUCAGGGAAACCUAUCGACCGAGGUCCUGUAGUCUUGGCUGAAGACUACCUUGAUAUUAUGGGUCAGCCUAUCAAUCCUCAGUGUCGAAUCUACCCAGAAGAAAUGAUCCAGACUGGCAUUUCUGCUAUCGAUGGGAUGAACAGUAUUGCCAGAGGCCAGAAGAUCCCCAUUUUCUCAGCUGCUGGGCUGCCCCAUAAUGAGAUAGCGGCUCAGAUCUGUCGCCAGGCAGGCUUGGUGAAGAAAUCCAAAGAUGUGGUGGACUACAGUGAUGAGAACUUCGCCAUUGUAUUUGCUGCGAUGGGAGUGAACAUGGAAACAGCCCGAUUUUUCAAAACCGACUUUGAAGAAAAUGGGUCCAUGGACAACGUGUGCCUGUUCUUGAAUUUGGCUAACGAUCCGACCAUUGAACGGAUAAUCACUCCUCGCCUUGCGCUGACCACAGCAGAGUUCUUGGCUUAUCAGUGUGAGAAGCACGUACUGGUCAUUCUGACAGAUAUGAGCUCCUACGCAGAAGCUCUGAGAGAGGUCUCAGCUGCCAGAGAAGAAGUCCCAGGCCGGCGGGGUUUUCCUGGCUACAUGUACACAGAUUUGGCCACAAUCUAUGAGCGAGCUGGGCGAGUAGAAGGCAGGAGCGGGUCCAUUACACAGAUUCCCAUUCUUACUAUGCCCAAUGAUGACAUAACGCAUCCUAUUCCUGAUUUGACGGGCUAUAUUACCGAAGGCCAAAUCUACGUAGACAGACAGCUGCACAACCGGCAGAUUUACCCACCCAUCAAUGUACUUCCCUCUUUGUCUCGAUUAAUGAAGUCUGCUAUUGGUGAAGGAAUGACCAGAAAAGAUCAUGCUGAUGUAUCAAACCAGCUGUAUGCCUGCUAUGCCAUUGGGAAGGAUGUCCAAGCCAUGAAGGCCGUAGUAGGAGAAGAAGCACUUACUUCUGAUGAUCUUCUGUACCUUGAAUUUCUGCAGAAGUUUGAGAGGAACUUCAUUGCUCAGGGGCCCUAUGAAAACCGCACUGUUUACGAAACGCUGGAUAUUGGAUGGCAACUGCUACGUAUUUUCCCCAAGGAGAUACUGAAGAGAAUUCCCCAGAGCAUCUUGGCAGAAUUUUAUCCCCGAGACUCCACCGCAAAACAUUAGCUUGCACCCUGUUGCUCCCCCAAAAAUACUUUUUUUCCUUCCCUUGUGUUGGUGUUUACUUGUCAGCCCCUGUAAUUAAACCAAGAAUAAGUGACAUAUUUGUGCCAGUGUUGCUGAUGUUUGAAGCUGAUAACAGAGUUUAAAAUAUGCUCCUUUUCAAACACUGGUAUCUUGAGUGGUUUACAUAUGCUGGGAAGAAAUAGUUUAUUUUUAGAAUUUUCUUUGCUCUCCUGCAAGCGUUUUAUUUUUUUUCUUCCCUCCUCCCCCCCUUUAUGUGGUCUUGAAGGAAGAAAGUACACAGAGCUGGCUGCUGUGCCAUUUUCGGACUGUUGGGAGCAUGAGAAAACUCAUCUAGUCGUGGAGGGAAAAUCUAGACCCAUCCCCCCAAAGUUGAGAAAAGUUGCAUUUCUUGGUCAGGCCGUCCUUGUCCACUUGGGAGUUUUGGUCCACUCUUAAACCCUCCGGCUGACCAACGGGCAAGAGAAAGCCACUCCACAGUUUACGAUGGUUCCUGGUAGCAUUACAAGCCCACAAAGCGCCAUUCGCUUCAGCUACCGUAUGGCUAGGAAAUCGCCCAACAGUGAUUUUGCAGUAUUUGCACAUCCUGUUGCUUGCCCAGGAAAAGUACAGGAUUCCUACCUCUUCUGUGAAAACUUGGCAUAGGGACUCCUUUCCAGGUGGUCAGUCCCGUUGCCCAGUUGCAUCUGCACGUGUAUGCAGUUGUGGACGUAAAUAUGAAACAGCAGCAAAACGGGGGAGGUUUCCUCCCCCCCCUGUUUUUUUUCUAAGCUUCCUUGCAAAGUAAUCAAGGCAGAGGACAAUGUUGGCGAGGGUGAGGAUGCCUGCAGCUAACGAGUAUCUUGUUUGGUACAUCAGUCUUCAGAAUACUCUGAAAAGGACCCCAAGUUUUCCAAGUGCAGCACGCCCUUAUGUGUCUGAACUGAGGAGUGUUUGCUUCAAAUAUGCGUAGAUUAUGUCCAAGUUAGAACAAGGGGUCCUCACGUUCAAUUCCUCAUGAUCCAGAAAGUAAGAAGCCACAUUGAACAUGGCAACGGGCUAUUUUAAAUUCUGUUCCUGAGAAACCCUUGGGAAGGUAUUUAGGUUUGAACCCAACCCCAAGCUUGGAUUUUUUUUUUUAUAAACCAUCUUCUGAAGGUGAAGCUCCCUAGCUGUUGUGCACAGUUCUAAACAUUGCUCGGGCACCAGGUGGUGGAUGGCGUUGACAACCCAAUGCUUCUGUAGAAUGGGGUUGUGUGGAUUUCCAAGCCCAGAGGCAAACAUGAGGUACCUUUUCACCUUGAUUCUGGUUUCCAGCCUAUUCCUGGGGGCUUCUCCCACCGCUCCCAAUUUGGGUGAUCCAGAUCGUUAACUACAGGACAACAACCCAGAUCCCAGCUAGGUGUUGCUUGGAGAGGUUGGCGAUGGUUCAGGCUGCAAAGACUGUCGGUUCCAACGUGUCACCCCUUCGAUCCUCUCACGCUUUGUCCUACGCAGAUCUUUGUACUGUUUCAUUCUGUGUGCUCUGUAACUUGGGUGCAGUAGCCUUUAUUUUUUUCCCCUCCCCCUGUACUCUGAUGCAUUCCAUCGAAGUUGUGUCAAUUCUAUUUUUCUCUGAAUCUGAGGAGGGUUGGGAAUCACGGGGAAAUAGCAUGGAAAUAUUUUAAUGUAGAAAAAACUGUGAUACCUGAAUAAGUUAAACAUGAUCAAUAAAUGUUAAAAGAAAAUGG